AUGCUACGCCUCAUUCACACCACCAACCUCACUUUCGAAGAGUUCGAGAAGCUCUCAGCCCCAAGCUAUGCAAUUGUCUCGCACCGAUGGGGCCACGACGAAGUCUCACAUCAAGACUUCCUUGAUGGAAAAAAGCGUGAGGGCUACGGCUGGACGAAGAUCGUGAAAGCUUGCGAAAUCGCGCGAGCUCAAGAUCUUACCUGGCUGUGGAUUGAUACAUGCUGUAUCGACAAGAAGAGUAGUGCAGAGCUUACAGAAUCGAUCAACUCGAUGUAUAGAUGGUACUACCACUCUCACGACUGCUUGACUUUGCUCCCGGAUAUCGACUUGACGGACGAAGAUCCAGGCUUCUCGGAACAGUUUCGUCAGAGCUCGUGGUUCACUCGUGGCUGGACGCUGCAGGAGUUGCUUGCUCCAAGAAGACUUCUGUUCUUCAACGAGAACUUCCAACAUGUUGGUGACAAGUAUCACAGACUUCAAGACAUUGUAGCAGCCACUGGCAUCGACAAGUACUACCUGCUGGGCAUGUCCAACGUCCAGGAAGCCAGCGUCGCCGAAAGAAUGCAAUGGGCCUCUUUGCGGGAAUCCACCCGAACUGAAGAUGCAGCUUAUUGUCUCUUGGGACUGUUUGACGUGAACAUGCCUCUCCUCUACGGCGAAGGGGCCAAAGCCUUUCUACGUUUACAACUGGAGAUUAUCCGAAAGACUGACGACGAGAGCAUCUUCGCAUGGUGGCAAGAUCCAGUUCAAUCGGGUUCCUGGCAAGGCUUACUUGCUCCCUCGCCGCGAGCUUUCGCUGUUCCAAAGACGGAGAGCGUCAAAGUCUUGAAAGUCCAAUCGAGACAGCCAUAUUCAAUGACACACAAAGGUCUUCGACUGAAGAUCAGCCGUCACAAUACUACUGCCGCUCAAUUGUGA